CAACUAGCAUGUUUGUCUGUCACUUGUAAACUAUGUUGACUGCUGUGGGACAUCUGGAAAUAAAUCGUGACCCCGUGACCCCUUUUGCCAGGGUGUGAGUGGCCAUGGCAACCAGUCCAGCCGUGGGGGAGAGCCAGCUCCAGAGGAUUAUCCGAGAUCUACAUGAUGCCGUCGCUGAGCUGGCUAAAGAGUACAAAGAGAGUGGAGAACCGAUAACCGACGACAGCUCCAACCUGCACAAGUUCUCCUACAAACUAGAAUACCUCCUCCAGUUUGACCAGAAGGAGAAGAGCACGUUGCUGGGGAGUAGGAAAGACUACUGGGACUACUUCAGCGACUGCUUGGCCAAGGUGAAGGGGGCCAACGAUGGCAUCCGAUUUGUCAAGUCCAUCCCUGAGCUCAAGACAUCACUGGGUAAGGGCCGUGCGUUUCUGCGUUACUCUCUGGUGCACCAGCGCCUGGCCGACACCCUGCAGCAGUGCCUGAUGAACCAGAGGGUCACCAGUGAUUGGUACUACUCUCGCAGUCCUUUCCUGAAGCCUCACCUCAGUGUGGAUAUCGUUAAUCACCUGUACGAGCUGAAUGACGUGCAGUUCGAUGUGGCAUCCAGAGGUCACGACCUGGACUCUGCCUGGCCCACCUUUGCCAGGAGGACCCUUGGUGGCAUGACCAGUUCUCCCAGUCACAUCUGGAAAGCACCCAGUAGAAGCUCCAGCAUCACCAGCCUGGCGAGCUCCUAUUCACAGCACCAUGAGUUCCUGGGCAGCCCGGAGAUGGAGCGCAGUGGCCUGGGUGGGCUGGGCCCCGCUGACUCCAGCCUACUGGACGACUCCGCCUGCUCUGCGGUGGACGAGCUGCGUCUGGAGCUGGACCAGUCGGAGCUGAGGGAGAAGGAGCUGCUGGGCCGCGUGGGACAGCUGGGCGGGGAGGCCUCGGAGCUGCGGGCCGUGGUGCUGGAACUCCAGAGGCAGCUGGACGUCUCCCUGGAGGCGCAGGCCCAGCACGGGGAGCGCGAGCUGGGGCUCACCGCCCAGCUAGUGGCCCGCCAGGAGCAGCUGGAGGUCGCCGAGCGCAGGGGCCGGGAGCUGACCGAGCAGCUGGACGCCGCACUGCAGGAGAAGGGAGAGCGGGCGUCGGGACACCUGGACUCGGCCCAGAAGAUCCACUCCCUCCUGGACGAGCUGAAGGAGGAGCAGCGGGGGCGUACCCAGGCCCUCGAGGAGGCGGCUGAAGCCCAGCUCAGGGCACAGAGGCUGGACCAGGAGCUCCAGGCCAGCCAGGAGGAGGUGUUGCGGGUGGAGAGGAGCAGGGAGGAGCUGCGUGAGGAGGCCAGGCGUGUGGGGGAGGAGCUGGGCCAGCUGCGGGAGCAGAUGGAGGGAGGCCGGGGUGAGUGGCGCGACCAGAGCGAGGCGCUCAGGAGGGAGGCCCAGCAGCUCAAGGAGAAGCUGGACCAGGCCGAAACGGAUGCGGGCCGGCUCCGGGCCACCGUCAGGACCAUGGAGUCCCUAGCCAAGGAUCAGGGCCAGAGGACGGAGGAGUACCGCACCCAGUGCAGCACGCUGAUGGGUCUGAACGAGGGGCUGAUGGAGACCGUGCGGCGCUCGGAGGAGAGGCAGAGGGAGCUGGCGGAGUCGCGGGGCGCGCUGGAGGCGGAGGUGGGCGGCCUCAAGGCCAAGAUGGCCGACGCCGGAGAGACUGAGAGGCGUCUCGGGGCGGAGGCUCGGGCGCUGGAGGAGAGGCUGCAGAGAGCCACCGCACAAGCAGAGGCUGCAGAGGCUCGAGUGCGGCGUCUGGAGGAGGACAAUGCUGCGUUGCAGGUGGGCAGCGAGGAGGCCCAGCAGCGCUGCCUAGAGGAGGCGCAGCAUGAGCGCAGGGAGGCGCAGACGCACGCCGGCCUGCUGGAGCAGCAGCUGCUGGCCCGCAGCGAGGAGCUGGGCCGCCUCCAGGGGGAGCUGAGGAGCGUCACGCGGGACGCGGAGGAGGCCCGCGCGCAGCUGCGCGUGGCCGAGGAGGCGCGAAUGGAGAUCUCGGCCCGGGCCGAGCGUCUCACGGAGCAGGAGGAGAAGCUGAACCGCUCCCACGUGUCGGAGCUCCAGGAGCGGGGGCAGAAGGAGGAGGCCCUGGGCAAGCAGCUGGAGGAGGCGCGGGGGGAGGUGCGGGACCUCAAGGCCCAGCUGGAGCGCCUGGCCCUGGAGCACGCGGAGACGCGCGAGUCCCUCCAUCGCGCCAACACCGAGACGGCCGAGCUGGGUAUCAGCCUGUGCCGCCUGACCGGGGAGCGAGAGGAGGCGUGCCGCCAGCGCGAGGAGUCGGAGCAGGAAGCGCAGAGGGAGGCGGAGAAGCUGAACGCCAGCCUGGCCGCCCUGCGGCAGGAGAACCAGAGCCUGCGCGAGGAGCUGCAGCAGGCCGAGAAGCUUCCGGAGGCCCUGCUGGAGGUGCAGGAGCGGCUGGAGAAGGAGGAGGCGCAGCACCGCAGCCAGCAGGACGCCGGCAAGCAGGAGGUGCAGGCCCUACGCUUCCAGAUGAGCUCCGAGAUCAUGAGCCAGCAGAGCCAGAUACAGAGUCUGAGCGAUCAGCUGACGGCCAUGAAGACGGAGAUGGAGAUGGAGAAGCAGAGAGCAGCUGGCCUGGCAGAGAAAGUCUCCGAACUAGAGGGUGCUAAUGAGGACUACUCUGGUCUGCUGGAGGAGAAGGACGCCCACAUCAGCAAAGGAGACAAGGAGAUGAGGGAGCAGGAGGCGGAGAUCCUCAAACUCAAAGAGAAGCUGGGCAGUACGGAGGAGGCGUUGGCGGCGGUGCAGGGCGUGCGCGGGGACCUGAAGGAGAGGCUGGAGCAGAUGCAGACGGCGGCCCAGAGCGAGCGCCACAACCUGGGCUCGCAGAUCCAGGAGCUCAGCCUCACCAAGCAGCACCUGGAGGAACGCCUCGUGGAACUCAUCAAGGAUAAGGAUGCUCUGUGGCAGAAGUCGGAUGCUCUGGAGUUUGAGCAGAAGCUUCGCUCGGAGGAGCAGUGGUGGCUGGUGGAUAAGGAGGCUACUCACUGCCUAGACUGCCAAGGACACUUCACAUGGUUCCUACGAAGGCAUCACUGCAGGUUGUGUGGCCGCAUCUUCUGCUACUACUGCAGCAACAACUACGUGAUGACGAGGCACAGCAGUAAGAAGGAGCGCUGCUGUCGAGACUGCUACACCCAGCACACCGCUGUGGUGGAGAGAUUCACCCCCGCCGAGCUCAACACGCAGCCCCCACCUGCACACAUCCAGACACCACCCUACAAACCCACGCCCAGAGUAACUGUGACGGAUCCAGAAGCAGAUGCAGAUGUGGCUCCGGCCCCCAAACAGGAUGAUGCGGCGUAUGACAUCAUCACAGAGGAGGAAGUGAACGGCAUCUAUGACAGCGACUCGCUAUCGCGCACCACUGCCGGUUCACAGGAGGGGGAGAGUGAGGCCCACACAUCAGCUGACCACUCUGAGGGGAGGGCAGCAGGGGACUUGACUCCUGAGGACCAGGAGGGCACCGUGGCCACCGUGCAGGACGCCGAGAUCAACCUCCUCCAAUCAGGAGAGCUGAGUGAGUCCAUAUAUCUGAGCCUGGAGGAGGUGUGUGUGUUUGGCGACGCGUCUCGCGAGCUGCAGAUCCGACCGAGUAGCUACAGCGUGAUCCCCAUCCGGGUGGCUGAGCGCGGCCCCACCGUCAGCUGGCUCUUCUCCUCCGAGCCCAAGAGCGUCUCCUUCAGCAUCCUCUACCGGGAGGACGAACACACACCCCUGGAGCAAGCCAAGGUUCUUAUUCCUCUGACUCGCUGUAACUCCCACAAGGAGACCAUCCAGGGGCAGCUGAAGGUCCGCAACCCAGGCCUCUACAUGCUGGUCUUCGACAACUCAUUCUCCAGGUUCAUCGCUAAGAAGGUGAUGUAUCACCUGACAGUGGAGAAGCCGGUCAUCUAUGAUGGCAGUGACUGAACACAGCGCGGUGACCUUCUAAUCUUUGCUGACAAGCAGCGGCCAAGAGCACACACACACACACACACACACACACACACACACACACACACACACACACACACACACACACACACACACACACACACACACACACACACACACAGCCAGCUCUCAGGUGUUUUGACAAUUGAGGAGUAUGAUCACUGUCACACCAGGUGAUAUUCUACAGGUAGGAGCUGCCUGCCAAGUGCUGCGUGCUGCGUCCAGACACAGUACACUUGCCUGUCAGGCCUUAGAGGACAUGCUCAAGGUCUGUACUCGCAUACUUCUUUCUGACAGUCAGGGCUUUCCAUUUACUUUUUUCAUCACUAGCCAAUUUGAUGUCAAAUCCUACUAGCCACACAUACAGUACCGUACACUCACUAUCAGUUCAAGUGGCUAGCAAGUCUUCUUUUCGACCACCCAAAAUGAAUUUUCACCAGCAUUUGGCUGGUUUGUGGGUGUUCAUUUAGAGCCCUGAACACAGUUACACCCGUAGGAUUCGUUCCUGUGUGUUCUGUAGGACAGACAGAAGAACCUUUCACUGUCCUGAGUGAUACAGGGGAAAUUGAUAAUCUGGUCCUAGAAGAUGAACGUUGUUUUUCUGAUGUAUUUUAUAAAACGCCACAUGGAGCGGUUUAAGGAAUUUGGAAACUGGACUAAGGGUGGGACAUAGUUAGUUUGUCUUAAGUUUGUUUUAAUUGAUUUUAAUCGUUUUAUUGUACUCUUGUGAGCUUUUGCCAAGUGUACCGUGUGUGUGUGUGUGUGUGUGUGUGUGUGUGUGUGUGUGUGUGUGUGUGUGUGUGUGUGUGUGUGUGUGUGUGUGUGUGUGUGUGUGUGUGUGUGUGUGUGUGUGUGUGUGUGUGUGUGUGUGUGCGUGCACCUGUGUGCGUGCGUGCGUGUGUUUGUGUGUUUAAUUAUACCAUAAUAGCAUGGUUUUCUGCCUGUCAAUUCCAAGUAUUACAAACACUGGUGCAUAACCCUGUUAGCUGCCGCAUGUAAACAUGACAACAUGACAACAUGGCUGUUUCCUCUCAAAUGCCACUGCGUCGUUCACAGCCGUUCACACCCAUUUCAGCAAAAGGUCAUCUGCAAAUAUCAAAAUUUCCCUCCGAUUAAGUUCCUUUCAUGUCUAUUGGUUUCAGAUGGAAGAAGAAACCAGACGUCAGUAGGAAAUUUGCUUGUACAGUUUUAUGUUGUUGAUUUUUCCAUUUGUAGUUAACCUUGUUCGUGUACACUAAAUAAUAGGAUCAUUAUUAAGCUAUACAUAAGCAAUAAUACGAUUCCACACCUUAUUUGAAGUGAUCGUUUCAGGCACUGCUUACCUCAACAAAAGAGACCUAUUUCUGUGCAUUGUCUUACUCCGUAACACAAAGCACCUGCGUGUCAAUUUUUUUUAGUGUAUAACAACACGCUAUUAGCACCAUUUGUGGUGUGCAUUACAUGCUUGUAAACCAAGUCACGUUUUUGUAUGAUCAUCCUUUCAUCAUACAGUGAUUUCUAUAGCACAAGAGACAUUUUGUAUUUGUGAACACAAUAGACGAACGACUCCAUUUUCUAAAGCUCUGAUAGGCAAAGGAACAUAACGCAGGUCCCCUUGGUGUUUAGACGAAUGAGCCUUUAUCAGCAGAAACCCAAGCUCAGGGACAUAGACCAUGCAUCCCUGUAGACGCAGGAAGAGAUUCAUUCUGUUCUUUCCUUUUUGUUUGCAUUUUUUCUUUUUUAUAUAAAAGAAGGAAAAUAAUCGCUGGUCGUGAGGUUCCCCAGAGAGGGCAGAGCAGGUGGUUUUGUGUGUGUGUGUGUGUGUGUGUGUGUGUGUGUGUGUGUGUGUGUGUGUGUGUGUGUGUGUGUGUGUGUGUGUGUGUGUGUGUGUGUGUGUGUGUGUGUGUGUGUGUGUGUGUGUGUGUGUGUGUGUGUGUGUGAGAGAGAGAGAGAGUGGUUUGAGGGGUGUGCAGUGGGCUAUACGCAUCACUCAGUAGUACAGUAGAUGGAGGAAGAACUACAGGUGUACAUGAUGUGCACCUCAGAAAAAAACCUUCAUAUUCUGUUGUUCACCUGAUUGCAAGUGCAUGAUGUUGAGAUCAAAGCAAUGCAAUCGUCUCUCUCUGUGGAGCACUAUGUGCAGUAAGUGCUGGCAUUGCCCUUGGUGACCAACAUACCUAACUGUGAGUGCUCUGACUGUGGCACUUGAAAUACUUUUGUUAGUGGCUUUUAUGAUUCCACGAUAGUGAAAGUCAAUGGCAAAACUGACAUAGACUGUGCUGCAGAAGGCCUGAAGUGAUCAAUGAUGGUCCUCGAGUUUAAUGUGCAAAGUUCAGAGAGACCAGUGUUCUUGUUGUCAAAGCUUCCUUUUUUGGAAGAAGUAUUUAGUUGGAAAGCACCAAGCCACACCAAGCAAUAUGCAGUGUAAUAGCAUGGCUAGAGGACAAGGUUAAACUCAGCCCAGGUCACCACCCUCUUGCUCUCUCCCCCACACACACUGUUAUUCUGUGUCUGUUCUAUCGCACUAAGGCAGGGACUUGUAACAUGUUUAGAUCUAACCCAAGUCUAACUGCACAUGCCCAUUGGACACUGCAGAGUGUCUCAGACCUACGAAUAUGAAAAGCAAAACCGUUCCACAUAUGAUCGGCCCAACUUAAUUUUCUAACAAUGUUUUUAAUUGUUUUCAGUUUAGUCUGCAUGAGUUUGUGUUCAAUAUUAAGUAAGGGUUUUAUUGGUUUUAUCGACGUUUUACUGUGUUUUGUUUUUGUUUUAGAAAUGGCGUGCACUUGUCUGGAUUAAUGCACACCAGCAGAAUUUCAUGUCUUUCAGGUGUUUGUAAAACAAAUCUAAGUGAAGGGCUAUAUGCAAUCAGACUGUUUCAAUAUUCAGGGGGAACAACAAUUUUUGUAUUACUAACCGUUGACCUGGGUUAUACUCUAUCUGAGGUGGGUACUGCUUACAAUGAGAUGCACGUCUAUAUUUAUAUAUAAAAGAUUUUGUAUCUUGUUCAUCUACUUUGUAAUUCAUAAGUUUAAAAAAAAUGCAAAAUUUCAACACUAUAUAUUUUAGCACGGUUUUGCACUUUUAUGGCAAGAAAUGUUUUUGAGAAACAAAAGACGAUGGUUUUGUAACAAGUGCUCCCAGCCUUUGAGUUGGUGUUAACAAGGGUGAUUUCAAUAACGUGAUAAGGAAAAAUCUGCUUGAGAUGUCAUGUUAUGGCCCUUCAUGUCUAAGUAAGUGGCAACUUUGACUGAAAUGUUCAUUUAGUCGCUAUAUAGGGAGUUGGUCAUCUUGUUUUAUGCCCUAGAAAGUGCAGCAGCGUAAUGAACUACUAGUGAAGGUUUCAGAUUAAGCUGUACUGUCCUGUGUGGUCUUCCACACAACUUUUUUAGAGAGCGAGGUAAAAAAAAAAAAAAAAAACUCUUAAAGAUCUUAAGAUUCUGUUCUCUUCGAGAGGUGAUUCAUGACUCCUUAAUCACACUUCAGCCUAGACGAAGGCCUUGUGAAUCACACUUCAAACAGGCCAAGAAAAGAACUGAAGCCCAGAGUCCACAAGGUCAUCAAGCAAUCAAUCCUAUGCUGACAGGACUGCCGUUGAAAGGCUAGUUCUGUUCACCCGCUGCGUGUACUUGGUUUUUUUUUUAAAAGCAGGACAAUAAACUGUGUUGAGCGAG